UUUGAAAAUAAUAUUAAUUAAGGACUCCGGCCGCUGCAGCGAAUAUUGUGAAAACAACAAGUAGCUGCCUAGGAUCACCAAAUGCGAUACAGUUAAAGCUAGAAAGAUGUGACAGACAUUUCCCUGAAAUGGUGGAGCAGGCAGGGAAACGCAGCAUUACGCACACACGGCCGUAAAUACAUAUGCAGCGCAUACAAUACAUAUAGACGACGGUAUUUUUCGUCUACGUUUCAAUUCGAUUUUCGGAAAUUUCACCUUCGCGUUGCUGUUUUUCGGCUAUUCAAACUUGUUUUGUGUUGCCACUCUGCCACAGGCCCGCCCGCCCCGCCCCCUCUUCGACGGAGACGAGACCCAUUUGCAGCCGCUCACUUUUUUAAUAUUUUGCUUACGUAUUACAUGUGGCAGUGUGCGUGUGCGUUCGCGUUCGUUAUAUUCAACCAAAAUGAGUGCUAAUCUGCAUUAAACAUGGAAUGUAAAAUGCAGAAACGGGCAUAAUUUCUCGCGCAUUCAACACGAAACCAAGUUCUUUUUGCCGUCUGCCGACGAAGGAACGUCGAGAGGCACGUGCAUGUGUUUGUGUGUCACAGCACGCUAAAAAUAAUACAUAUGGUUCGAAAACCCCACAUCACAUGAUGCUACACGCUUAACUUCAAUAAAUCAAAAAGAGAGCUGUCCAAAUAAUAAUCCAACGACAACGAGAAAAUCCAAUGUUAAAUACCAUCACAAAAACCCAUAAACCGCCCUGAGGAGAGGACCUUUAAACUCUUCUAAGUUUAUUAUUUUUUGUUUAUUAUUAUUUGUUUUGUUUUGUUUUGAGAACGUGCCUUCUUUUUUUUUGGCGUGCAACACUUUUUUCGCGUCUGUGUGGAAAAGUUUUGCAUCGUUUCAAAAAAAAAAGAUACACGUCGACACAUACGGCCGCAAAGAUUCCAAAGCCCACGGGUACUAAACUGCAGCGUCUCAAGGCCAAGGCGGCUGCCAGUCAGCAUUACGGCGGUGGCAAUUAUCACAAAUCCGGGAGCAGCAGCAGCAACCAGAACAGCAACACUAACAGUGGCGGUGGCGACAUAAAUUUUGGAACACAAGGUGUCUACAACUAUCAACGCGGUGGCGCUGCCGAGGAGCGUAGCUUUGCUGCGACGUCGGCGCUGGCGGCGGGAGUGGUUGCAGCUGCCACAGCAGUCACAGCCACAGAUGUUGGCGAGAAGUCAUAUCAAUACAAGAGCAACAGCAGCAACCACAACAACAACAAUUAUCAAAAGUCAAACCACACCAGUGCCAAUUACAACAAUAAUAAUAAUCAAGAAACCUCAACGAACCUGCCUUAUCAGCCACAUCAGCCUCCACAGCAGCAGCACAACCCCACGAUGAUGAUGACCAAACAAAAGAACACGCUGGCCGAACGCCUCAACAUCGGGGACGAGGUGCGCGAGCUGAAGCUGGGCUCCACCUUCAAUCCGAAGAACACCUCCACCGCAUUUCACACAAUCAAAUAUGACUUCAAGCCAGCGAGUGUGGAUCCGAGCCGUAUGGCAACAGUGGAUGUUGGCAUAAAUAAUCAAGUUACUGUUAUCGUGCCAAAUUCAGAAAGUUCCGGUGUGCCUCAUACAGUUUAUAAGGGUAAUCAGAGAGAGUAUGCGAAGGAAUGCUUGAUGAUCUACGACAAGGAGACGGGUGCUAUUACGAUUGAGAAGCUAAAUCAUAACAUACAAGUGAAGAAGACAAGAAGCGAAGUUACCAACAAGCCGCCAGUACAGCUGCCGGCACAGAAUGUGCCCAUGAACGUGGGCCAUCAAGGUCAGGUCCUAGGCACAAACGGAUCUGUGCCAGCGCCCGUGGCCCAAUUGGCACAAGGACCUUUGCCCGGACCCGGACCCGGAAACGCAUUGGAGAACAGCACCAUGCGGGUCUCGUCUAAGACGAAGGUCUCCACGGGCAGUCGUCGGAAUAAUAUAAUUGACUUCAAGCCGCGCAAUUCACCCAUGCAGCAGAGCUCCCCUUCGCGUCCAGUGGUCACCCAUCGGAGUCCCCAGUCCGCGCCAGCUUGGGAUGCAAACAAUGCCCAACAGACAUUGCCCAGCAUUCCCAUGAUAACAGAUGACGAUGACUUUGGAUUGAGAGCCGCUCUGCACAAUGGCGGUCAGGCGAAUAUCUCUGGCUCCUCGACAGGCUCGUCGUCAGGGCAUCCCGACCACUAUGGUUCCUCGACCUCGUCCUCGUCGCACAUGGGAAAGCAGCGGCAGGCUCAUGACAAGCGUCAGCAGAUGCAACAGCGUUCGAGUCCACCCAUGCAACAGCAGCCAAACUACGGGCGGGGCUACAAUGGCGCCAAUAACUACGCACUACAGCAGCAUCCACAGCACCAGCCACAACGGCACUCUCCACACCAGCAGCAGCAUCAGCGGCACUCUCCACAGCAGCAGCAGCAGCAUCAGCGGCACUCCCCACAGCAGCAGCAACAGCGGCACUCUCCACAGCAACAGCUGCAGCAGCAGCAGCGUGCCACAUCUUACGGCCAUAGCAAUAAUAUGCCCAUGGACUUGGACUCAUCCAGAGAACAAGAUCUGGCCUCACAGUCUGUUGCACAAGCGGCAGCCGUUCUCGAACAGCAAAUUGGCGGUGCUCUAAGUGCAUCCAGCUCCAGUUCCGAUUCAGAUUCUAGCGACAGUGAUAGCGGCAGCGACUCCGAUGACAGCACCGAGGAUGAUCGUCCUAUGAAAGAGCAGCAAGAACAGCAACAACAACAGCAACAACAACAUCAACAACAACAUCAACAACAACAUCAGCAACUACAGCAGCAGCAGCAGCAUCAGCAGAUGCAACAGCCAGCCCCACAUCAUCAACGCCAUCAACAGCAACAGUCCCAACAGCACAUGAAUCAGCUACCAAAUCUGGGCUUGGGUUCCAUAUCACCAUCCUACAACAACCAUCACCAUCAGCAGCAGCAGCAGCAGCCGCAGCAACAGCAACAAAUGUCCGGUGUGUAUGCGUCCAAUGGCGGCUUUCCAAAUGACUUGCUGCAAAACGAUCUGCAGUUGUCCUCCAAUUCGUCCGACGAUGACGAUUAGCUGCAUUUAAGUUUCUAUACAAUUUGCCCUCUUUGACUAACAACAAAACAAAACAAAACAAUUAUUGAUAUUCUGUCUAUAUGCGUGUAAUUAAGUUGUAAUUAUUGGGGGAGAAUUUAAUUGCUAGUGAAAUUUUUUAUAAAUAAAUUCUUAGUUCAUACACGAGCAUACAUACAUACAUACAUACAUAUAUUAAUUAAUUUUUAACAUUAUACUUAGAACAUCCAAAUGUGCGGAAAAACACUCAAUACGAACACAAUACAACACAACGCAAACACUACUUUGCCAAUACAUAUUUCAAUGUACAUUAAUUUUAAAUGCGAAAUCAAAUACAAAGGUUAUGUGAAAUUGGUUGAGAGUCCUAAAUAAGAGCUCAUAUAUGUACAUGUAUAUAUAUGUAUGUACUCGUACGUACACCAGCAACAAGAAACGAAGGGAAACUACAAGAAUUAUUUAGUUUCUAAUGCAAGUGCUGCAAAUAUUAAUUUUAAUUCUUAAGUUAACGAUAUGCAUACAACAGAAAAUGACCACAGCGGAUUUUUGCCAUUAAUUACGCAUUUUAAUCUAAGCCUUAAAUCAUUCGGAUACCAAAAGCGAAAAUUGAAUUUCAUGCAGAUUGGAUUUGGAAAUAGAAAUGGAGUCCCUUAUUUUAAAUAUCUUUCGUUCGGCUCAUUUCUUUUUAGUCAUAUUUAAUUAUUUAAUUUUCCUUUAAUCAUGCAUUGUUAUGGAAGCGACAAUACCCUAUAUGUUCAUGGAUAGAAUGGAUGUUUAUUUUCAAUUGAUUUGUUUGCGAGAGCCCCGCCCCGCCAAGCCCCUUCUUAUCUUUAGUAGUUAACUAUUUGUGCGGUAUGAAGACAUAUGUGUUUUUAGCUCAUGUUUUAUUUGAAUUUAUUUGUAGUUCUUUAAUUAAUUUGUAAUAGCUAUUAUUAUGAUUUUGUUAUUUGCUUGCAAUAGUUUAAAGCAAUGAGAAAAGAAAUAAAUGUGAAUCAAAAAGUA